AUGAGAUCUUCGUUUUCGCUUUUGACGCUUUUUUUAUUCGCGACGACGACCUUUUUUACGACAACCUUUUGUGUAUUACUCGUGAAUGUCGCUGCUCCGAUUGGUUUUUCCAACGCGGCUACGAUUCGCGACGAAAAUGCGGACGACACGAACGAGAAUAAAGGGCAGCGAAAAAGAGGCAUCAACGUCAACGAGGAUCCAAACGUGUACCAAUACAAAAGAGGCACGGAAGAACACGUGGAAGUGCUCACGAACGAGAACUUUAAAAAGUUUACCACGAGCGGAGAACACGUGUUGGUGACGUUUUAUGCCCCUUGGGAUGGACACUCGAAAUCGUUCUUGAAGCAAUUUCACGAACUCGGGACGUCGCAUACGAUUUCCAGCGAUUCGAGGUUAAAGUUUGGAAAAGUGGACGCGACGGUGGAGAAAGAAUUGGCGAAGGAGUAUGAAGUGGAGACGUACCCUCAGAUUAUUUUGUUCCGUCACGGGCAGCCGAAGGAGUACAAAGGGUCGUUGGCGGCCAACGGCGAGGGGUUGCGGAAGUGGUUGAGGAGAAAUACGCACCAUAAACCGGCGGCGUGGUUGGAAGGGGUGGACGAUGUCCACGUGUUCACGUUGGGAAGACCGGUGUGCAUCGUUGGUUUCUUCGACGAUACCGGGCAUUUGGAUAAUUUCCACGCAGCGGCGUAUGAUUUUCAUUUAGAUUUCGGGGAGACGAGUUCGAAAAUCGCCACGGAGAAGUACAAGACGCAACGACCGGGGAUCAUCAUGUUCAGAAAUUUCGCCGAGCCGGCGCAUUUUCAAGGGAAUGUGAACAGUUUAGAGGAGAUUAAACAGUUCAUCGCGACAAAUAUGGUCCCUAAAGUGGUAGAUUACGCGAAAAAAGACCAAAUGGAGAGGGUGUUUGAAGGGCCGAUUGCCGCGAACGUGUUUUUGUUUAGACAACAAAACGACGAGGAAGCGGACAAGUUGGAGGCGGAGUUUGCAAAAGCGGCGGACCAAUUGUACGGGAGGGUACAUUUCAUUUCCGCCGGCUUCGACGAGCAGACUUUGUAUUCGUUUUUUGCCAUCAGAGCGAGAGAUACGCCGACGGUAAGGUUGUACGCGCACGAUUUGAAGUACGCGUAUAAAGGGUCGUUGAAGCCCGACGAAGGGAAGAAAGAGGUCAUGAAAACUAUAAAAGAUCACGACGGCAACGAUAUUCCGAACCCAAAAUACGACGAAGAGAUGGCCUCACAAACCUCUAAAGUGUUUGAGGAUUUAAUCAAGUUCGUAGACGCGUACGAGAAAGGAAAGUUGGUGCCGAUUUUGAAAUCCGAGAAACCUCCGAAGAGCGCGCCGAGCGCGAACGAAGCCACCGUGGUGGUUGGACGAACCUUUGAUGAAAUCGUCACGCAAUCGAAUAAACACGUCAUGUUGUUCUUUUACGCGCCGUGGUGUCAAACGAGUAAAGCGUUGAUGCCGUUGUGGGAUAAACUCGCGGAAAUGUACAGAGAGUACGACGAGGUGACCAUCGCGAAGAUGGACGCGACGAAGAACGAGGCGAAAGGUAUCCACGUCAAAUCCUACCCGACCAUUUAUUUCUACAAGAGCGGAGAUAAGCCGAGACACGAAGAGUUCGACGAGAAGAAGAAGGAUUUAGCGUCGUUCAUUCGUUUCAUCGGGGAGAGAACAAAGUUGGACCCGACCAGGCCGCCCAUUCACGAUGAGUUUUAA